AUGGCUGGGUUAGAGAAGGUGAAUCAAACCACUAUCACAGAAUUUCUGCUGGUUGGAUUUGAGACCCGUCCUGAGCUGCAGAUAACCCUCUUUGCGAUGUUUUUCAUUAUCUACCUGUCAACCAUUGCUGGGAACAUUCUCCUCAUUCUCACAGUUUGGACUGACCAUCAUCUCCACACUCCCAUGUACUUCUUUCUCAGCAACUUGUCCUGCCUGGAAACCGGCUAUGUUUCCAAUGUCAUCCCCAGGCUGCUGGUGAGUUUUCUGACGCAGGACAAGACCAUCUCUCUGCCAGCAGUGUUGAGACUUUCCUGUGAAGACACCAGCAUCAUUAAGGUAACAUCCCUGAUCUUAGCUUCCAUCAUAACCCUGGCCCCAUUUGUCCUGACCAUUACAUCCUACAUCUAUGUCAUCCUAACCAUCCUGGGAAUCCCAUCCACUGCUGGGAGGAAAAAGGCCUUUUCCACUUGUUCCUCUCACCUCAUUGUUGUCUCAACUUUCUACGGGGCUUUGAUCAUCAUGUAUGUGGUGCCCUCAGGAAACCAGUCUCUGGAUUUCAACAAGGUGUUCUCCCUGCUCUACACAGUGGUAACUCCCAUGUUCAACCCCAUUGUCUACAGCCUGAGGAACAAAGAGGUGAAAGGUGCCUUGGGAAGAGUAAUCCAUAAAAUGUUGCUUUCUCCCAAGAUGUAG